GAGAAGAACUCACUGGUCUCGUAUCGUUUUUACCGGCAACUACUAUAACGGUACCGAGGAAGACGAUCCGACCGUCGAUAAUGUAAUGAUCUAUAGUUGUUCCCACGAGAAUGAGAAUUCCACCAAUUUUCGUCUACGUAUAUACUCGUACAUAUUUUACAGCGUCACGAGAGCUUUAGCCAGGCCCGUGCGGCAGUAUCUGGCUCUCGGUCAAAACGCACGACAAAAGCGGAAAAAGCGGAACGGGACGUCGCGUCUCCCGGCCGUAUUUUGCACGACGAAUAUU